AUGGCGAGUAGAGGCAGAGUGGCUCCCUUUCUAGUUAUUCUCGCCUUCUUGGUUGCUCAAUGCUUCCACCAGUCCACGGAAGCCAAGAAGGUCACCACCAACCUCCACUUCUUCUUCCACGACACCAUCAGCGGGCCCGACCCCAGCGCCGUCCUCGUCGCCUCCGCCGUAGGCCGCACCGGCCCGGCCGGCGCCUUCGGCAACCUGUUCGUCGUCGACGACCUGCUGACGGAGGCCCCUGAGGCGGACUCGCCGGUUGUGGGCUACGCGCGGGGCUUCUACAUGUCAGCGUCUCGGCGGUCUGUGAUGUUCGUGAUGGGGCUGGACUACGGCUUCACGGCUGGGCCGUUCAACGGCAGCUCCUUCAGCGUUUUCUCGCAGAAUCCCAUACUGGAGCGUGAGCUAGCCGUGGUCGGCGGCCGGGGAAAGUUCCGGAUGGCGCAGGGGUUUGCCUUCCUGCGAACGCAUACAUUCAACGUCACCUCCGGCGACGCCGUCGUCGAGUACAACGUGACUCUGUUUCACGAUGAGUGA